GAAGAAUGCCUCCCAAGAGAAACAGAAAGCGUGUUGGCUCCAGGGGCCAGGAGAGCGGAGACUCCGGCGUGGGCAUGAUGGAGAGGACUGAGGCUUUGCGGGAGGUGAAGAAAGAGAAGUUCCUUCUCUUCAUGCGGGACUUUAUGCAGCAAAGAAAGAACAAGAUGGAUGAGCUGCGUAAGGAGCUGGAGGCCCUUAGCCUGACUGCGGAUAAGUCUUCAGAUGUGGAACUCCUGAAGAUGCCGAUGGCCCUCCGACAGAUGGAAGUUGGUGAAUUCAUAAGUUUAAUCGGGGCCGAUAAGUCUGCCGUUGCUGCUGCUGCUGUUAAGCUGGACAGCUCAGACAUAUCAUCACAGCCUAAGUUAGCAAGAAAAAGUAGUAAAAAGGUGGUUACAAUCUCGACUGCCGAAGAGAACAAGCCAGCCAAGGGGAUGUCCACGACGGCAAAAAACCGAACAGUACAGAAAGUGGUGAAAAGCAAAUCUUUGGUUUCAUUAACGGGUAAAACUACCAAGAAAACUCCCACUUUGACCAGGUCGGUUUCUGCUACACCUAUAGACAAGGCGUCCAAAAAGCUCUUGGGAACCGGCUCUUCCAACAGAACAGCUACACGCUCAUCCAGGACACCAAUGACCCCUCUAUUACAAUCUGGCAGGAGUGGCAGCAUCUUCACUUUUGGGGAUGGUGUGGUUGACGACGUCCCGUUUAUAAACAUUCCCCUGGCUGAUGGAAUGUUUGUGUGCUCAUCAGGAGAGGAUCUGGAUAACAUUGAUGUGGAACUCCUGCGAGAUGACACUGUGCAACAAAUCCAUAACUUAGUGGGACAACUUACAAACCUUUAUGCAAAGGCUUCAAGCCAGCUUUCAAACACCUGAUCUGUCUGGGCCUUUCUUUAAAUUAUCUUUGAUUAGUCCUGUUUCUUUUCUGCUACUUUGGAGACAUCACCAGCACCUAUUUGGAUGAAAGCACCUCCUUGCUAUAUGCUGAUAUAUGAUGGGUCUUAGCAUUUAUUUGUUGUCUGUGUAACUAGUUUAUAAUUGUGUGUAAUAAAAACUGAAAUAAAAUAA